UCUUUCAUCAAGGCAACCAGUCGUAGUGGCAGAUAAAAUGGAUUACAAAACUGUGGCCGUGAUCAUCUACCUUAUCAUCAGCAAUCUUUUGUCCCCAGGUGACGCUGACUCAGCAUUCUGCGUCACAGACCUCACCAGUGUGGGUGACAGUGGACAGCCCUGUCCAUACAGCACAAUUGGCCGAGCGAGUAAUGGCAGCUGUUGGUGUAACAGCGACACACACAUAUACAACACAUGUGCGGCUACGUGUAUUCCCUUGUGCAACAGAACAGUCACGGAGAGAAAAGGGACGAUCGCUAGCCCUGGGUAUCCGAUUGCUAGCGGGGAUAUGAGCACAUGUACCUGGACAAUUCGAGGCUGGUUGGAUCAUGACAUUGUUGCAUUCAACCUCGCGUACUUCAACAUGUCGACAGUCACGUCGACAUCCGGCAACUGUGCAACAGACUACAUCGAGAUAUUUGACGGAUACUCGGCCACCAGCAGAUCCUUUGGCAAAAUGUGUUCCCACAACCAGUCUUUGUUUGUGUCUACAGCCAAUUACUUGCACGUCGUGUUUAGAACUGUGGGGACGGGGAGGUUUCUGGCCACUUAUAUAAUACAUUAUUCCCAGUUGACAUUGGAUGAGAGCAAGGGCUUUCUCUAUAGUCCGGGAUAUCCAAUAGGAAGCAGCAGCCACACGACAUAUAGAUGGAUCAUUCAAGGCAAGCCGUGUACACAUAUUGUUAUUAACAUCACUAGUGUUCACAUCGGUGCCAAUUGUGCCAGUAACUAUCUGAAAGUCUACGACGAAAAAUUUUCCCUCUUACGGACAAGUUGUGCUUCAAAUGUUCCUGUUGUAAUGGCCUCGACUGCAAACUAUUUAUAUCUAGAAUACAAAACUGAUGGCUCCACAUCAAACAAAGGCUUUUAUGGAAGCUACGAGAUUAGAGAAACGUUGCACGUUUACCAAGCUGACUCUGGCUAUGUGUUCAGUCCAGGUUUUCCAUACAGAUACAACGACAACGUAAACGUUUCGUGGUUAAUCAGGGCAAGUGCAGGAACAUUUGUUCACUUCAACAUCAGUAGCAUACAAUUAGAAGGAAGCUAUCCCGGCUGCCCACUCGACUACAUCCAAAUCUACGACGGUUCUAACACAACAUCAGCGGCUUUCCCUCGACUGUGUGACAAGCACGCACAACAUAGUCUGAUAGUGUCUACCUCUAAUGAGAUGUUCAUUGUGUUUAAAACUGACCGCUCAGUCACAUAUACAGGUUUUAAUGCAAGCUUUUAUGCACAAGGUAAAGACAAGACCCUCUAUGAGUCGGGUAAAUUGGCCAGUCCAGGAUAUCCUUUAAAAUAUCUAAAUUCACAAACAUUGUCAUGGACACUGGUCACUCGUAUAGGAACGUAUUUGGUUUUAAACAUUUCAUAUUUACAAACACAAGGAGAUGGUAAAUCAUGUGUAUCAGAUUAUGUGAAAGUUUACGACGGUUCUAGUACAAGUUCUAGAACAUUAGGAACGUUCUGUGGCAGUGUGGCUCCUGUAGUGGUGGCGUCAACAUCCACACACAUGCACGUGACGUUUACAACAGACUCGUCUUCAACUUAUACGGGGUUCUAUGGAGAGUUCUUCUCUCAAGGUAACACUUUACCUGAUAUCAAAUGUAACGUGUGUAUAUUAAAAUAA